AUGGCUUCAUCUUCAGGGGCUAGUAAUAGUAGUAGUAGUAGUAGUAGUAGUUCUUCACCUGCCUCCUCCCGUCGUCGUCGUCUUUUUUCUUCUUCUUCUUCUUCUUCUUCUUAUGAUGUGUUUAUCAGUUUCAGAGGCCUAGAUACUCGCACAAACUUUGUCAGUCUGCUUUACAAUGCUCUAAUAAAAGCUAGAAUCGAAGCAUACAAGGAUAACGAAGAACUCUUGGAAGGAGAAGAGAUUUGCUCAUCUCUUCUAAGAUCUAUCCGAAGGUCUGAAAUCUCGAUUCCUGUCAUCUCUGAAAAAUAUGCAGAUAGCAAAUAUUGUCUCUUGGAACUUGCUGAGAUUUGGGAGUGCCAUAAAUCUAACGGUCAAACCAUUCUACCUGUAUUCAUUAAUGUUGAACCACGGGAUGUUCGACAUCAGACUGGAAGUUUUGAGGUUCCAUUUCAGGAACACCAGAGGAAGUAUAAGCCUGCUAUUGUAGAGAGUUGGAAGAAUGCUUUGACAGAGGUGGGGAAACUCAAGGGAUGGACUCUCAAGCGGGACGCAACUAUUGAGGAUCAGUCAAAUUUGGUCGAGUUAAUUGUUCAAAGGGCUUUGAGAGAACUAAAACGCACCCCAUUGGAUGAAUGUAUACACCCUGUUGGAAUAGAUUCUCACAUUGAUAAACUACUUCCUUUGUUAAAUACUGGUUCCGAUGAUGUAAGAUUUGUCGCAAUAUGUGGCAUGGGUGGCCUUGGAAAGACAACUAUUGCAAAGGCUGUCUAUAAUUGUAACUUUAGAAGCUUUAAUGGAAGUAGCUUUCUUAUAGAUGUGAGAGAAGAAGCUUCACAAGGAAAUAAGGGUUUAGUUUCUUUGCAGAAGCGACUUCUUAAAGAUAUCUUGGACAGGGAUGAAGACAUAAGCAACUCUUCUCAAGGAUCGAAAUUGUUAGAAAAGAGACUUCAUAGAGAAAAAAUUCUUCUUAUUCUCGAUGACGUGGACAAUUAUAAACAAAUUGAUGCAUUAGCUGGUGGAAUAAAUUGGUUUGGUCAAGGAAGCAGGGUCAUCAUAACAACUAGAGAUGACCAUUGUUUGAAUGUACACAAAGCUGAUAAAGAUAUCAAAAUAUAUAAGCCUAAAGAACUAAAUGCUGAGAAUUCUCUUCAACUCUUUAGUUUGCAUGCCUUUUCAAUGAGCAAACCUCCUGAAGAUUUUAAGGAGCUUUCAUGUGAAGUUGUGCAACAUGCUAGUGGACUACCCCUAACCCUAGAGGUGUUGGGUUCUUUUCUUUGUGACAAAAACAAAGAUGAAUGGAAAGAUACAUUAAGAGGAUUGAAAGAUAUCCUUGAUAACAAGGUCUUUGGAAUGUUGAUAAAAAGCUAUGAUGAUGAGGUCUUUGCAAGGUUGAUGAUAAGUUACGAAAAACUAAGUGACCAAGCAAAAAUCAUAUGUCUUGAUAUUGCAUGCUAUUUCAUUGGAUGGGAAGCGGAAAAAACAAUUCCAUUAUGGGAAGCUUGUGAGUUGCAACUAAGAUUAGCCAUAAAAGAACUCACUCAAAAGCACCUCCUAAAGAUUGAUGAUGAUGGCAGAUUGAGAAUGCAUGAUGAACUUCGAUUUAUGGGAAGGAGAAUUGUCUUGAAUGACAUCAAUGGGGAUCCUGCCAAGUGUACCAGAUUGUGGUCUGCUGAUCAGAUCUCAGAAGUAUUAAAAAAAGACAAGGGAACUCAAAUGGUUGAAGGCAUCCUCCUUCCAUCUGAAGUGGAAAUAGAUGAUUUAAGCUUUGAUGACUUUUCCAAGAUGCCCAAUUUAAGAUUUCUCAAAGUUGACAAGAAAAUCAUCACUGGGGAUUUUUCGCACCUUCCUUCUAAAUUAAGAUGGUUCAGUUGGCACCUUGCCCAUUUGAAAAUUCUACCAGCCAAUUUUUAUCACGAGGAACUAGUUCAUCUUGACUUAUCUUGGAGUAACAUUAACAUAGCAUGGAAUGAUAAACCUGAAAAUAAUAUAAAGCGGUUUAAAAAAUUGAAGGUUCUUAGUCUCGUGGGUUGUCAUCAACUCUCAGACUCUACCGAUUUCUUCUCAUGGUUUCCGCGUUUACAAAGAUUGGAUCUGACAGACUGCAAAAAUCUUUUGAAACUCCCGGAUAGUAUUUGCCAGGUGGCUUGUCUCAAAAGUCUCAUUCUCAAUGGUUGUAAGUCAAUCAACAAGUUGCCUACGUCCAUUGGUAAUCUAAAACAUUUGGUUCAGCUAUCGGUAUGUUGGACAAAAAUUAAAGAAGUGCCUGAUGGUGUAGGGCAGUUAGAGAAGCUUGAGAAAUUAGAUGUUUCAUGUUGCAGUAAUCUGGUGAGGCUACCAACAUCAAUGUGUAGAAUGAGGAAUUUGACUUACUUUGACAUGACACAUACUAAGAUUGCAAUAUUACCAGAUGAUUUUUCAAAGCUCUCGAGCUUAGAGGUGUUAAGAAUGGGCAUGGUGGCGGAUCCAUAUGAUGAAUCGGCAUUCAACCACGAGAGGAGGUGGUUUCAACCACUCCAAAUCAGCAAGAGUAGGCUUCAAACACUCCAAAUCAGCAAGAGUAGUUUUCCUUGUCAACUUCAGGAGCUAUAUUUGAAACGCUACAUGAAUCUUGAAUCUCUCCCAGAGCUUCCCUCCACUUUAACUCGUUUGGAAGUUAACAAUUGUAUUUCGCUGCAGAUAAUUUCAGAUCUUUCAGGCUUGAAAUGUUUGAAGGAAUUAAGAUUGAUUGAUUGCAAAUCAUUGGUAAGAUUACCGGAUUUGUCAAAUCUGAAAAGACUGAGGAUGUUAAGCCUUCGGGGUGAUGAAAACCUCGAGGAAAUUCAUGGCUUCGAAGGAGCUGAAUCUUUACAAGAGUUCAAUGCGGGGGGUUGCUACAAAUUAACCGAGACAGCGAGGAAGUUAUAUGGGCAGGUACCGAAUCCACUUACUUUUAUCUCUAUCAAUCUUAAUUAA